CAGGAAGUCGCGCGUUGGAGCCAAAUUUGAAGCCAGUGGAGGCGGGUGGGUGCGGUCACCGCCGUUUCCUUGGCUACCUGUGGCCCUUGAGUCCAGCCACCAUGCCUAUUCGUGCGCUGUGCACUAUUUGUUCCGAUUUCUUCGACCACUCUCGCGACGUGGCCGCCAUCCACUGUGGCCACAUCUUUCACCUGCAGUGUCUAAUUCAGUGGUUUGAGACAGCACCAAGUCGGACCUGCCCACAGUGCCGAAUUCAGGUUGGCAAAAGAAGCAUUAUCAAUAAGCUCUUCUUUGACCUUUCCCAGGAGGAGGAAAAUGUCUUGGAUGCAGAAUUAUUAAAGAAUGAACUGGACAAUGUCAGAGCCCAGCUUUCCCAGAAAGAGAAGGAGAAACGGGACAGCCAGGUUAUCAUCGACACUCUGCGGGACACGCUGGAAGAACGCAACGCCACUGUGGAAUCUCUGCAGCAGGCCUUAGGCAAGGCUGAGAUGCUAUGCUCCACACUCAAAAAGCAGAUGAAGUAUUUGGAGCAGCAACAGGAUGAGACCAAACAAGCACGGAAGGAGGCCCGCCGACUCAGGAGCAAGAUGAAGACCAUGGAGAAAAUUGAGCUCCUUCUCCAGAGCCAGCGGCCUGAAGUGGAGGAGAUGAUCCGGGACAUGGGUGUGGGACAAUCAGCGGUGGAGCAGCUGGCUGUGUACUGUGUGUCUCUUAAGAAAGAAUAUGAGAAUCUAAAAGAGGCACGGAAGGCCUCAGGGGAGCUGACUGACAAGCUGAAGAAGGAUUUGUUUUCCUCCAAAAGCAAGUUGCAGGCAGUCUACUCUGAAUUGAAUCAGGCCAACUUAGAACUGAGAUCGGUCCAGAAGGACUUACAGAGUGCUGAAAAGGAGAUCAAGAGUCUGAAAAAGAAGUUAACGAUGCUACAGGAAACCUUGAACCUGCCACCAGUGGCCAGUGAGACUGUCAAUCGCCUGGUUUUAGAGAGCCCAGCUCCUGUGGAGAUGCUGAAGCUCCGCCGGCCAUCAUUCAGUGAUGAUAUUGACCUCAAUGCUACCUUUGAGGCAGAUACGCCCCCAGCCUGGCCCUCCAGGUCCCAGCAUGACCACUCCAAGAAACUCUGCCUGGAGAAGACACACUCUCCUGUUCAGAACAUCCCCAAGAAGAUACCCAAAGGUACCAAGCAGGAGUCCCAACUGUCUCUGGGUGGCCAGCGCUGUGUAGGAGAGCCAGAUGAGGAACUGGCUGGUGCUUUCCCUGUUUUCAUCCGGAAUGCCAUCCUGGGCCAGAAACAGCUCAAGAGGGCCAGGGCAGAGUCUUGUCACAGCAAAGAUGUGGUAAGAACAGGCUUCGAUGGGCUCGGUGGCCGUACAAAAUUCAUCCAGCCUACUGACACAGCCAUGAUCCGCCCACUGCCCAUUAAGGUCAAGGCUAAGGCUAAACAGAGAGUAGGGGUGAAGGCAAUACCCUCUCUUUCCCAGGCCACGCUGGACAACACCUUCCUGAAGGAGUGAG